CAAUGCCAUUUCUGUAUGCAGGGUCUUGUCACAACUGAUAGGAAUAAUCUAGAUCCAGCUGCAGCUCCAUUUGCUAAAAACCCAAGAGACCUAGAAGGGCUCACUGAGUGUGCUAGUAUAAUUGAAGUGGUAAAUUUAAAGGGUUCAUUGAGCAAAACUCUUGUGUCAAGGCUUAUGUUAUGAUAUUGAAACAAUUAUUUUGGUAUAAGAUUACUUAACCAUCUACCUAUGGUGAUGUUGAUCUUGAGGGUUCACGCAUAGUCAUAUUUAUACAUCAAAAUUGAUUGUUGAACAUAUUGAUGUUUAGGUGAAGAAGGUUAGACCACAUGUUCUCCUUGGUUUGUCUGGGGUUGGUGGCAUUUUCAAUGAGGUAAUUAUCUUGUACAAUUCCACUUAUAUCAUGUCCUAUCCAUGAGUGAACUAUAUUAAUAAUAUUUUUUUAUUGAUAUGUUAGAAUGCUUGGUGUUCUGUAUGUGUUAUUCAGCAAUUUCUUGUUUUAAUAAUUGUGAUUAAACUCAGGUGCUUAAGGCAAUGAAAGAAUCUGUUUCAACAAAACCUGCCAUCUUUGCCAUGUCUAGCCCUACCAUGAAUGCUGAGUGCAUUGCUAUUGAUGCUUUUAAGCAUGCCGGAGGAGAUAUCGUAUUUAGAAGUGGAAGCCCUUUCGAAAAUGUAGAUCUUGGUAAUUGGAAAAGUGGGUCAUGUAAAUCAGGCCAACAACAUGUAUCUGUUCCUAGGGCUGCUGCUGAAUGGUAUAGGAUGCAUCCAGAGAUAUGCAAAUCCUCUCCACUGCAUUUUGAUGACAAUAAAGCACAAAAUAGGAUCCAAUAACGUAUAUUUGAUGGAUUGAUGCUGGUUGUUGACUUGUUUAUUUCGUUGUUGCUGCCUUGCUGGUUGUUCUGUUGAAUUAUUGAAACUGCUUCUGUUUUGUUUUGUUUUGUUUUGCUGUUCUAUUAAAUUACUGAAUUACUUUUAAGUUUUGAAAUGAUUUAGUAUGAUUUAUCAAGUGUUGGAGGUUUUGGAUCAAGUCAACAACCAGCAAGGCAGCAACAAUGAAAUAAACAAGUCAACAACCAGCAACAAUCCAUCAAAUAUACGUUAUUAGAUCCUAUUUUGUGCUUUAUUGUCAUCAAAAUGCAGUGAAGGGGAUUUGCAUGUCUCUGGAUGCUUCCUAUACCUGUCAUGAUAAAAAAAAUCAAGAAAAGGAUUCAGCUUUCAUCAUAAAACAGAACAAUGUAAAAUUAUAGUCAUCUUUGCCUUACAAAAAAUAAGCCAUAAAUUAGAACAACACUAAAGUUAAAAUAACAUAAAUUAGAACACCAUACCACAAACUCAAAUUAAAGAAUUAAAACAGAGAACACUAUAAACUUAGAUAAUAAAAAUAAGAACACAGAACAAAUUUUCAAACAGAAAUGUUCAAACAGAACCACAAAGUACAAAAGCUGCAAG